AUGGUCACCUAUGGUGGAGACGAGGUCAAUGCGCUUGUGUUUGACAUGGGCACCUCAUCGACACGCGCUGGCUACGCCGGUGAAGAUACACCCAGAGUCAUGUUCCCAACUUCGUAUGGUUUCGUGAAAGAAGAAUCUUCAGCAAACGACAAUACAACUUCUGGCGAUGGCGAUGUGACCAUGGGUGAAGCGUCAACCACGACAGAUGCAGCACGCAAAAACCAAUACUACAUUGGCGACAACAAGAUCAACAGCUGGCGAAAGAACAUGGAGAUCCGGAAUCCCAUGACGGAUGGCAUUGUAUCGGAUUGGGAUGCUGUUGAGCAGAUUUGGAACACAACCUUCCGUGACAUGUUACGAGUCAACCCUUCAGAGCACCCAUUACUCUGCACCGAGCCAGCAUGGAAUACAGUGGAAAACAGAGAAAAGAUGAUGGAAUUGGCCUUUGAAAAGUUUGAAUUUCCUGCAUUUUAUCUUGCCAAGGAUGCCGUCAUGACAGCCUUUUCUGUUGGACGCGCCACAGCACUUGUACUUGAUUCUGGAGGUGGCAUGACAAGUGCUGUACCUGUUUACGAUGGCUAUGUUCUCAAAAAGGGUAUCUUGCGUCAACCUAUUGCUGGUAACCUGGUUUCCGAACAACUCCUCGACAUGCUCAAAACCGAUUUGAACGUUGAUAUCACACCUCAAUACGAGAUCACCAGUAAAAAGCCGGUAGAACAAGGCCAACCACCUCAAGUUGAGAAACGUGUACGCCCUGAUACAGACUCCAGCUUCCACGACUAUCAAGUGCGACGAGUGAUCCAUGAAUUCAAGGAAUCGGUUUGCCAAGUAUCCGAAGUCACCUAUGAUGAGGGCAUCAUGGGGUCUCGCCCACAAAAGCCUUUUGAAUUCCCAGACGGAUACAACAACAUGUUUGGGGUAGAAAGAUACAAGAUCCCUGAAUCACUUUUCCAACCACAGCAGUUCUUACGCAAGCCCGUACCAGGAAUUACUCAACAACAAAUCGAUUCCAGCCUUGGCAUGCAUCAUCUGAUAUUUAGCAGUAUCAACAAUUGCGAUAUUGAUCUUCGACCUUUACUAUUCAACAACAUUGUCGUCACGGGUGGAAAUUCAUUGUUCCCUGGUUUCAAUGAAAGAUUGAACUACGAGUUACCUAUGUUGGCCCCAGGAAGCAAAGUCAAGAUCCACGCAGUUGGCAACCAAACAGAGCGCAAAUGCAGCAGCUGGCUUGGUGGCUCUAUUCUUGCAUCUUUGGGUACCUUCCAUCAACUUUGGAUUUCAAAACAAGAAUACGAGGAACAUGGUGCAUCAAUUGUAGAGACAAAAUGCCAAUAA